AUGUCUUCUGAUAUACCAAUUGAUUUCACCGAAUUGGCCCAGCUCACCCUGGUUGGCAUCCAGCCCGCCAGUCUUGAUUUCAAGUCUACUACUCUCGAGUCUGAUCGUUAUGUUUGUGUUCGUGAAACUGGUGCUUCGGGUAACACGGUUGCCAUCGUUGACUUAUACAAUAACAAUGAGGUCACCAGAAAGAACAUGACUGCUGACAAUGCCAUCAUGCAUCCAACAGAGUUUGUGAUUUCCUUGAGAGCCAACGGCACAACCAUACAAAUCUUCAAUCUUGGCAGCAAACAAAGAUUGAAGUCCUACACUAUGGAUGAACCAGUGGUGUUUUGGAAAUGGUUAAACAACGAAUACUUGGGUUUAAUCACCGGAUCGGCCGUAUUUUACUGGAACGUCUUUGAUGGUACCAACAACGGGCCCAUCAAGUUGACCGAAAGACACCAUAGCUUGAACAAUGCUCAAAUUAUAAACAUUGUGGCCGAACCUGAUUUGAAUUGGUUUGCCAUCAACGGUAUUGCUCAGGAGGAUGGUAGAAUCGCUGGUCACAUCCAGUUGUUCUCCAAGACUCGAAAUGUGUCUCAGGCUAUUGAAGGUCAUGUUUCUAAGUUUGCUCUGAUUAAGUUGUCAGGUGCUGCUCAUCCUACCAAGGUAUUCUGUGUUGGAAACAAAAAUGCCCAAGGCCAAGGUAACUUACACAUCAUUGAAAUCGACCAUGUGGACGGUAACCCACCUUUUCCAAAGAAAUCUGUCGACAUCUUCUUCCCUCCAGAUGCUACCAAUGAUUUCCCUAUAAGCUUACAAGCUUCUGAUAAAUACGGAAUUGUCUACAUUUUAACCAAAUAUGGUUUUAUUCACUUGUAUGACAUGGAAACCGGAUCUAACUUGUUUGUCAAUAGGAUCACUGCUGACCCAGUUUUCACCGCCAGUGCUUUCAAAGACGGAACAGGUAUAAUUACCAUCAACAAAGCUGGUCAAGUGUUGAGUGUUGAAGUUUCUAGAGAUAGAAUCGUCCCUUAUGUCUUAGACAAGUUGUCCAACGUGUCUUUGGCUUUAUCGCUUUCAUCUCGUGGAGGUUUCCCUGGUGCUGAAAACUUGUUUACUCAACAGUUUCAAAACUACUUGAAUCAAGGUGAUUACACCAAUGCCGCAAAGGUAGCUGCCUCUUCGGAACAAUUGCGUACUCCAGAUACCAUCAACAAAUUGAAACACAUCACUCCAGCCCCUGGUCAAAUCUCUCCAAUCUUGCAAUACUUUUCUACUCUAUUGGACAGAGGUACCUUAAAUAAGUACGAAUCCAUUGAAUUGGCUAAGCCAGUCUUGCAACAAGAUAGGAAACCAUUGUUUGAAAAAUGGUUGAAGGAAGACAAGUUAACCUCUUCAGAAGAAUUGGGUGAUAUUGUUAAGUCUUACAAUGACACCACCUUGGCUUUGGCUGUUUACAUUAGAGCUAAUGUUCACAUUAAGGUGGUUUCUUCUUUGGCUGAAUUGGGCCAGUUUGACAAGAUUAUGCCUUAUUGUCAAAAGGUUGGUUACUCACCAGAUUACACCAACUUGAUCCAAAACUUGGUUAGAGUCAACCCUGAUAAGGCCAGUGAAUUCGCAACUUCCUUGUUGCAAACCCCAGAUUCAAACAUAAAUGUGGAAAACGUUGCUGAUUUAUUCUUCUCCCAAAACUAUAUUCAACAAGGUACAGCCUUUUUAUUGGAUGCUUUGAAGAAUGAUUCUCCAGCCGAAGGUCACUUACAAACCAAGGUGUUGGAAAUCAACUUGUUGCAUGCUCCACAAGUUGCUGAUGCCAUCUUGGGUAACAACAUGUUUAGUCACUACGAUAAACCAAGCAUUGGUAAAUUGUGUGAAAAGUCUGGUUUGUUUCAGAGAGCAUUGGAACAUUAUGAUGACUUGAAGGACAUUAAGAGAGUCAUUGUUCACACUAAUGUGUUACCUAAUGACUGGUUGGUCGCAUACUUUGGUCAAUUAACUGUUGAGCAAACAGUUGCUUGUAUCAAGGAAUUGUUAUCUAACAAUAUGCAACAAAACUUGCAAGUUAUUAUCCAAGUUGCAACUAAGUAUUCUGACUUGAUUGGCCCAUUGAACUUGAUCAAGAUCUUUGAAACCUACAAGUGUACUGAAGGUGAAUACUACUACUUGUCGUCAAUUGUCAACUUGACUCAGGAACCAGACGUGGUGUUCAAGUACAUCCAAUGUGCUGCUAGAAUGAACCAACCAAAGGAAAUUGAAAGAGUCGUGAGAGAUAACAAUGUCUACAAUGGUGAAAAAGUCAAGAACUUCUUGAAGGAGUUCAAAUUGGAUGACCAAUUACCUUUGAUCAUUGUUUGUGACAGAUUUAACUUUGUUCACGAUUUGAUCUUGUACUUGUACAAGAACCAAUACUUCAAGUUUAUUGAAGUUUACGUUCAACAAGUUAACUCAGCCAACACUCCUCAAGUUGUUGCUGGUUUGUUGGAUGUUGACUGUGACGAAACAAUUAUCAAGAACUUGUUGAAUUCUGUCAUUGGUAGAGUUCCAAUCAAAGAAUUGGUAGUUGAAGUCGAAAAGAGAAACAGAUUGAAGAUAUUGUUACCAUUCUUGGAGGCUACCUUACAAGGCGGGUCUAAUGAUCAAGAGGUGUAUAAUACUUUGGCAAAGAUUUACAUCGACUCCAAUAACUCUCCAGAAAAAUUCUUGCAAGAGAACAGCAAUUACGACACUUUGGUUGUUGGUAAGUACUGUGAAAAGAGAGAUCCAUACUUGGCUUACAUUUCUUACUCUAAAGGUGGAAAUGAUGAUGAAUUGAUCAACAUCACCAAUGAAAACAAAAUGUACAAAUACCAAGCUAGAUAUUUGUUGGCCAAGUCUGAUUUCGACUUGUGGAACAAGGUUUUGGGCGAUGAUAACAUUCAUAGGAGACAGUUGAUUGACCAAGUCAUUUCAACAGGAAUCCCUGAAUUAGAUGAUCCAGAACCUAUUUCCUUGACCGUCAAGGCUUUCAUGGAAAAUGAUUUGCCUCAAGAAUUGAUAGAGUUAUUGGAAAAGAUCAUCUUAGAACCAUCUCCUUUCAACGACAAUACUUCUUUGCAAGGUCUUUUGAUCUUAACAGCUAUCAAAGCUGAUCCAUCUCGUGUGAUGAACUACAUUGAAAAGUUGGAUAAGUAUGAUCCUCAAGAAAUUGCACCUUUAUGUAUCGAUGCUCAAUUGUACGAAGAAGCUUUCGAGAUCUAUGACAGAUUCGAAUUAAGAACUGACGCCAUGAGAGUCUUGGUUGAAGACAUUAUGUCCUUGGACAGAGGUGAACAAUACGCUGAGAAAUUCAACACUUCGGAAUUGUGGUAUCAAUUGGGUACUGCUCAAUUGAAUGGUUUGCGUAUUCCAGAAGCUAUUGAAUCUUAUGUCAAGUCCAAGAACCCAGAGAACUUUGAACAAGUAAUUGAAAUUUCCGAACGUGCUGGUAAGGAAGAAGAAUUGGUUCCUUUCUUGGAUAUGGCUAGAGAAACUUUGAGAGAGCCUUUGAUUGAUGGUGCUCUUAUCAACUGUUACGCUUCUUUGGGUAGAUUGUCUGAAAUUGAACUGUUCGUUAGUGGUCCAAAUGUUGCUGAUUCUGAAUCUAUUGGUGAUAAAUUAUUUGAAGCCAAGAACUACAAGGGAGCUAAGAUCUUGUAUUCUAAUGUUUCCAAAUACUCUAAGUUGGCCACUACUUUGGUUUACUUGGAAGAUUACCAAGGGGCUGUUGAAUGUGCCAGAAAGGCUUCGAAUAUUAAUGUCUGGAAGCAGGUGAACAAUGCUUGUAUUGAGAAUAAGGAAUUCAGAUUAGCUCAGAUUUGUGGUUUAAACUUGAUUAUCGAUGCUGAGGAAUUACCCGAAUUGGUCAAGACAUAUGAAUGGAAUGGUUACUUCAACGAAUUGAUUUCUCUUUUCGAAAACGGGUUAAGCUUAGAAAGAGCCCAUAUGGGUAUGUUCACUGAGUUGGCCAUUUUGUAUUCUAAGUACAGUCCAGAAAAAGUCAUGGAACACUUGAAAUUGUUCUGGUCCAGAAUCAACAUUCCAAAGGUGUUAACUGCCUGUGAAGAAGCUCACUUGUAUCCUGAAUUGAUCUUUUUGUACUGUCAUUACGAAGAAUGGGACAAUGCUGCUUUGACAAUGAUUGAAAAAUCUGAGGUUGCCUUUGAUCACUUGUCGUUCAAGGAAAUCAUUGUUAAGGCACCAAACUUGGAAAUCUACUACAAGGCUAUCAACUUCUACUUGGCUGAAAACCCAUCCUUGUUAGUUGAUUUGUUGUCAGUAUUGGCUCCUAAGUUGGACUUACCAAGAGUCGUUAGAAUGUUUGUAAAGUCUGACAACUUACCACUUAUCAAACCAUUCUUGAUAAGUGUGUUGGAAAAGAACAACUCGGUUGUCAAUGGUGCAUACCAUGACUUGUUAAUCGAAGAAGAUGACUACAAGUCCUUGAAAGAGGCUAUUGAAAAUGACGCAUACAAUAGAUUCAACUCUUUGGACUUGGCAGAAAGAUUGGAAAAUCACGAAAUCAUUUUCUUUAGACAAAUUUCGGCUACGUUAUACACCAAGAACAAGAAGUUCACAAAAUCCAUUUCUAUCUUAAAGAACGAUAAAUUAUGGCCAGAUUUGAUCAAAACUGCUGCUGUGUCUAAUUCUACUAAGAUUGCCCAUGAAUUAUUGGACUACUUUGUUGAAACUGGUAACCAUGAAUGCUUUGUGGCCUUGUUAUACACUUGUUAUGAUCUUAUUGAAUAUGAUUAUGUUAUUGAAUUGACUUGGUUGCACAACUUGGCCAACUUUGUCAAACCAUACGAAAUUUCUGUUGCUGCUGAAAACCAGAAAUUAUUAAACGAAGUUUACGCUGAUUUAAAGAAGAGAAGAGAAGCUGAGCAACAAGAUGAAGAUGCGCCUAUUAACCAACCAUUAAUGAUUACAAAUGGUAAUGCCGGCAUGGCUGGAAUUGGGUUCCAACCAACUGGGGCUGGAUUUGGCAACCCCUAUUAA